AUGCGCGCGCCAGUCGCGCCAGACGCCGACUCGACGAAGCGGUUCGAGGGCCGGGGCGAGGCGGCGCUGGAGGCGCUGCUCCCGGACGGGUUCCUGGACAGGACGCGCGGGCGCGGGCUGGUGGUGCCGAAGUGGGCGGCGCAGGUGGAGGUGCUGCGGCACCCGGCCACCGGAGCGUUCGUGACCCACUGCGGGUGGAACUCGACGCUGGAGGCGGUCACGGCGGGCGUGCCCAUGGUGUGCUGGCCGAUGUCGCGGAGCAGCGGCUGA